AUGAUAAAGAAAUUUACAUCUUUGUUCAUUUUGUUCCUUCUUAUUUUCAUUACUGUUGUCUUGGUCACAUUUGAAGGCUCAUUGGUAGUACGGGCAGAGAAAUCAUGCAACUCCAAACGUUCUCCUUUGGAGGCAAGACAUAAAAAAUGUGAAUGUACUGUUGCCACUUCUGUAUUUAAUGACACAGUUAAUGGCAUCAUCGUUUACUAUCAGGAUGUAUGUGGUGACACUACCGCCGUCGGUCUUUUCAAGAGUGGUUUUAAACAAGGUCACAAAUAUGAUUUCCUAAUCACCAAUGACUGCGGAGAGAUUCUUCAUAAUAUGACUUCUGAACUAAAUGUUAUGUUUGUUAACGAUGGUACUUCUCCGUUUAAGGCCAAACUUGAUGGCGUUAAUCUUAACUGUGACAAUACUGGUAUCUUAAAUGCUAUCACUUCCAAGCCUCCUAGCUCCGACUCCUCCAAUUCCACUGCUCCUUCUAAACGUCAUUAUUAUGAAGAUCCUUGCGCUUCUAAAUAUUCUAAAUAUCGGAAACGCGCUCAGGGUGCAGAGACCCAUAUUUAUGAAGAUGGUAACUCGUAUAGCCAAGCUUUGAUUUCAACGAUUUAG